CAGUUUAUCGUACGCCCGCCGCCGGUUCAUUUAUCCGUCCCGUCGUCCCGCGUACAACCACCGCUGAAGCAACCGUCACCAACCAUCCGAACAGUUGUUUGUUUGUCGGUGUGAAAAAAAAAAAUACCCACCUACGUCCCAUUAAAUAUUUAAUUUUUUUUCCAAUUCCACGUACGUUCGCCCCGAGGCGUGCCCGAGAUCGAUUUUCUUCCGAGUGCAACCUAUCGUCGUCGUCGUCCGCAAUACUAGAAUAUUAGAGUUUGAUCGUAAAUUAUUGAACACGGCGAGUUCGGUCACCGAGACGAGUAAUACAUUCCGAUUCCGUACCCCGGAAACAAUUUAUGCACAGAAGAUUGUGCAUACACGCAGCCCAAGACGGUAGAAAUGACAGACAGCAUGACGCGGAACUUCAAUAAUUACCCUUCCACGGCGAAACCAGAACAACACUUCUCCAAACAAAAAAUGGCAGCGGCAGACUGUUACGAUAACCAAGGGAUGCUGAGAUCUGAGUUGGACAUCAACGGAAAACCUGUCAACGGAAACACGUGUAUUAACAUGGACAGCCUCAACAACAAGUGUGUCGGCAUCAACAUGAAGGGUGACACCGCCCAGCAGCUGAACGAGAAACAGAACUUUUACAAUCCGUACCAACACCGCGACGUAAAACACCCCACAACAUAUUUCGACACUCUGAUACAUCUCCUAAAGGCCAGCCUGGGCACGGGAAUUCUGGCCAUGCCCAGCGCGUUCAAAAACGCCGGUUACGUGGUGGGCACGUUGGGUACGAUCAUCAUCGGAAUACUGUGUACAUACACGAUACAUCUGCUGAUAACCGCAUCGCACGAGCUGUGCAUCAAGAGAAAAGUGCCCAGCCUCACGUACCCGGGUACCGUGGCGGCGGCUUUUGAAGAGGGCCCCAAGUUCACCAGGGUAUUGGCUCCUUACGCCAGAAUGAUGACAAACAUGUUCCUAGUCCUGUACCAAAUCGGUUCCAGUUGUAUUUACGUGGUGUUUAUAGCUAGCAAUCUCAAAGUGGUCGGUGACGCCUACCUCGGCGGCAACACGGACGUGCGGAUGUACAUGGUGUACAUAUUGAUCCCGCUAAUAUUGAUCUCUUGGAUAAGGAAUCUAAAACUCCUGGCGCCGUUUUCCUCGAUAGCCACUUGCCUGACCAUCGUGAGUUUUACACUGAUUUUCUACUACAUUUUCCGGGAAGCACCGUCGUUUGUCGACCGCGAACCAGUCGGCACCGUCAAAAGCAUACCGCUGUUCUUCGGUACUGUGCUUUUCGCCAUGGAAGCCAUCGGCAUGGUCUUGCCGCUUGAAAACGAAAUGAAGAACCCCAAGAAAUUUGGUAGUGUGUUCGGCGUGCUUAACGCAUCCAUGUUGCCCAUCUCCGUCCUGUACACAGUUGUCGGAUUACUCGGCUACCUAAAAUACGGAGAUAAGACCACCGGCAGCAUCACACUCGACAUGCCCCAGACCGAAGUCCUCGCUCAAGUCGUCAAACUCCUUCUGUCGAUUUCCAUAUACAUUACUUACGCUCUGUCCAACUACGUGGCGUUCGACAUCAUCUGGAAGGGAAUGGAACAGAAGAUGGAAAAGAAUGAGCACAGGAUCUGCUGGGAGUACGCACUUCGCACGUCCAUCGUGAUCAUCACAUUUUUCUUCGCCAUCGCCAUACCGAACUUGGAGCACUUGAUCUCGCUGAUCGGUGCGUUUUGUUUGUCUUCCGUGGGUAUCGCGUUACCAGCCAUCGUCAGCUUCCUGACGUUCUCCGACGUCUAUAAGGACGAAGGAAACUUCCGGUUCGGUUUGUUCUGCCUGCGCAACCUGCUGAUUAUCCUCAUCGCCAUAUUCGCGUUCGUCAUCGGCGUGUCCACGAGCGUGUCCGACAUCAUACAUCACAUGACGUGAUUUCAUCAGUUUCAAUCAGCGUGAAGUUCGUUUCAGUGACGGGUUUUAUGGUCGACCCACACCGAAAACAGACUAUACGACAACUGCAACAACAACAAAAAACAUACAACAACUACGACGGCGACCGUUGGUUGUCGUGCGUCGGGUAGUUAAACGUUUUUUUUUCCACCUUACUCACGAGUAACGACCAAUCAUUGUUUAUAUUAUUACAUCAAUAUUACGCGUUUACUUCGGUGAACUCUUAAACCGUGUAACGACUUAGACAACUCAAAUCCAGUAUUCUAUAUCACAUCAUUGAACUACAAUAGUUUGCGUUAUUGAUUUAGAAUUUUGUCGAUGGAUAAUGCCAACUCAGUAUUUUUAUUGUGGUUUUAAAAUGAUCGUACUUGGUUUUAUUAAUAAUGUCAACUCUUGUUAAUGGAAUACAACGUUUAAAAUCAAAAUAAUUAUAAUAAUAAUAAUACCAACGUAGGUGUUUAGUUUUCCAAUCGGUCCGAGUGCGGCACGGGCUGGUUUUUUCAGAAUAUAAUAUUAUACUAGGUACCGUGUAUUUUAGUGUUAAUCAAAAUUUUAUUAAUUCACACGAAAAUACAUGCGAUUCACAGUGCGUUUGGCAAAAACAAUAGUUUUUAUUGACUUUGAAGCAACGCUCGGAACAAAUAUAAAAAAAAAUAUUCAUUGUUUUUUUUUUCAAAUUUUUUUCUAUUUUUGAUGUUAAAUAUUGAACUAUUACUCUGUAUAAUAUUAUAUGUAGAGUGCAAACAAAAUUAUUUGGCUCAUGGCCAUUAUUUUUUUUUAAAUUAAGAUCACAUAACAGGACAUAAAAUAUUUUAGUUUCUUUUUGAAUUCUUGUCUUUACGAAUCAAGUAUCAAAACCUCAGCCGUUUUAACAUUCCUUCGCUGAAUAAAUUUUUCAAUAAUAUUUUGUAUAUGUAACAUACGGUGUAGAUGAACCAUUUGGAA